AUGAAUUCUGACCUGGAAUGUAAAGAAGUAGUGGAAGCAGAUUCCAAGAGUAACUUUGAAAAGGAGGAUGAAAUGAAUAUUUAUGAAAGGAACAUUUUCAAGUCUGCACUGAAGCGCAAGUACCUCUUUGCCUUGCAAAUCAAACAGGACCUGGCCUCAGGAAGGAUGACAUGUAAUGACACUAGUGCAGCUCUUCUGGUGUCUCAUAUUAUCCAGUCGGAAAUUGGGGAUUUUGAUGAAACGCUUAUCCGUGAGCACUUAGAGAAAAACAAGUACAUACCUCAGCAAGAUGCCCUGGUGGAUAAGAUAGCGGAAUUUCAUCGCAGGCAUGUUGGGCACACACCUGCUGCUUCUGACUAUCAGCUCCUUGAGAUCGCUAGAAGAUUAGAAAUGUAUGGGAUUCGGCAACAUUGUGCAAAGGACAGAGAGGGCACAAAGAUCAACCUGUCUGUGUCUCAUGCCGGGAUCAUAGUUUUCCAGGGUAACAAUAAAAUCAAUUCAUUCAAUUGGGCCAAGGUUCGCAAGCUGAGUUUUAAGAGGAAACGCUUUCUGAUUAAAUUUCGCCCAGAAAUGAACUCCUGCCAGGACACCUUGGAAUUUUCUAUGGCCAGUCGUGAUUCCUGCAAGGCUUUCUGGAAGAUUUGUGUUGAGUAUCAUGCCUUCUUUCGACUGUUGGAAGAACCCAAACCAAAACCCAAGCCCAUUCUAUUCAGUCGAGGGUCCUCUUUCAGAUUUAGUGGGAGAACUCAGAAGCAGCUCCUGGAUUAUGUUAAAGAAGGAGGGUACAAAAAGAUACAGUUUGAAAGGAAACAUAGUAAAAUGCGAUCCAUCCAAAGUUUGCCUGAACAUCCGUCACUGGUGCCAAAACAAAGCGGUAGUCUUUCUUUUGGGGAGCGGUCAGCAUCGACUGGAGCACCGUCUCCUAGCCCAAGGAAGGAUCUGGGAGUCUCCCAGACAACAGAUAAAGACAGGGUUGAGCAGAAGAGUGCAUCACCAUCGGGCAGCCCGAGGAGAGACAUACAGGAGGACACCAUGAGGGACAAUGUUCACCAGCCGAAGACCCAACGGGAACAACAGAAUGCAGGUUCCCUAGUGGGCAGUCCACAUGUGUCAGAACUCUCACUGAAUUCACAAAGUACUCCUGGUAUUCAGAAUCUCUCGCUGUCUCCUCGCCUGAGCCCAGAUGGUAAACAGCACUCACCACUGAUGACUCCACUCUUGACAGAUGCAGCAUGUGUCAAGACUGAUGACGAAGAAGAAAUGAGGAGAAAGCGGUUCCCAGCAGACAAAGCUUAUUUUAUCGCCAAAGAAAUUUCCACUACAGAACGAACCUACCUUAAGGAUCUUGAAGUCAUCACAUCGUGUUUUCAAAGUGCUGUGGCCAAAGAUGAUGUAAUGCCAGAACCGUUGAAAACUUUGCUGUUCUCGAAUUUUAAUCCACUGUACAAGUUCCAUACUGGCUUUCUGAAGGAGAUUGAGCAAAGACUUGCACUUUGGGAAGGAAGAUCAAAUGCUCAUAUUAAAGGCGAUUACCAAAGGAUUGGAGAUGUGAUGCUAAAAAAUCUGCGGAGUAUGAAGCAAUUUUCAGUGCAUCUACAGAAGCACGGUGAGAUUCUGAUGGAGCUGGAGAAAGCUAUCCGUAACUCCAGGAGGCUGGAAGCUGUGUGCUGGGACUUUGAGCAACAGAAAGUCUGCUACCUUCCCCUCAACAUAUUUUUCCUGAGGCCCCUCCACCGGCUGAUGCAUUACAAGCAGAUCCUGGAGAGGCUGUGCAAACACUACCCGCCCACUCACGUAGACUUCCGAGAUUCGCGAGCUGCAUUAGCAGAAGUAGCAGAACUGGUAGCUCAACUCCAUGGCACCAUGAUCAAAAUGGAGAACUUUCAGAAGCUUGUUGAACUGAAGAGGGAUUUGAUUGGGAUUGAUAACCUGGUUAUUCCUGGCAGGGAGUUCAUUAGACAAGGGUGUCUCAGCAAGUUAUCUGCAAAGGGAUUGCAGCAGCGAAUGUUCUUCUUGUUCAAUGAUAUUCUCUUGUACACAAGUAGAGGACUAACUGCAUCCAAUCAGUUCAAAGUUCAUGGACAGAUUCCCCUGUAUGGUAUGACUAUUGAGGAAAGUGAAGAUGAGUGGUCACUCCCUCAUUGUUUCACUCUCAAUGGACAACGCCAGUCCAUCGUCGUAGCAGCGAGUGCCCGGGUGGAGAUGGACAAAUGGAUUGAGGAUUUACAAAUGGCUGUGGAUCUUGCUCAGCAAUGCAAUGGGUCAACCAGUGAACUAAUGACUCCCAGUCCUAGUGAUGGACCCAACAUGCUUAUGGCAUCAAAACAAGACAAUCAGCUAAAGGCUCCUGGGAAGUAUCUGCUGGAUUUGGUUUGCCAAAACCUGAACCUAGUCGAGAGUGAUUAUUUUGCAUUGGAGUUUCUGGACCAUCGAAAGAUUAUGGUAUGUAACUUCAAUCAUGACCGCAUUGUGCUGCCCUGUUGCCUCCUGCAUCCAGCAAUGCUAAGAGGAUCCCAAUUAAAACCAUAA